GGCAGCACUUCAACUCCACCCGUGUUCAUGUUCCCACGCAACAGUAAACAAUGAGGUGUACGAUGUUUUGUCCUCACUCCGACUAAAUACAGUUUAUGUGGUAAAUAUCACCUAGAAAUGGCCUAUUCACAGUCGCCAAAGAAGGCUGGUCUACCACGAGAGGUUCUAAAAUGGCUGCAAAGUCUUGAUUUGUCGUUUUCUCCUAAAAACAUGCGCAGAGACUUUUCCAAUGGAUACCUAGUGGCAGAAAUAUUUUCUUGGUACUUCCCAAAGGACUUUCACAUGCACUCAUAUGACAAUGGAGCAUCAGUGGCCACCAAGCAAUCAAACUGGUCCCAGAUUGACAAAUUUUUUGUGAAGCAUUGCAUUGGUCUGUCGAAAGAAGUCAUAGACGGCACAAUCCACAGUAAACCUGGUGCUGCAGAGCUCCUUAUCCAGGACAUUUACAGCAUCCUGACCAACAGAAGGAUCCAAACCAUCCAGAGGGUGGAGCAAGAAUUCACAGAUAAGGCCUAUCAGGAACAGUUGCCUAUGGUGGCCCGAGCCACGGCUUCAGUCGCCAUAAAAAACAACCUGUGUCUCAGUGAGGUUAUAGCAGAACCAAACAUCAUUGCCAACCAACUUAAAGCCCUGACUAUCAUACACAGACACAUAGAACAGAGAAAAGAAGAAAGAAACCAAGACCCAAAUCGCUUCAAUAUUAAGCCCACUCUUGGAGAACAGGCUGUCAGAUUGGCUUCACUUUUAGCUCACCAGAGCGAGCCAGAACUUCAUAUAAACUCCAGUCAUGUGGCUUGUUAAGUGCCUGGGCCUCACGUGUAAGCCAACAUACCUCAUUUAUCAAACAUAUUUAUCUUGGUUUAGUCACAAAUGUAAACUAUUGUUAACAUAACUACAAAUUCAUUGUUAUUGAACAAAUUAAGUGAUGAUGAUGAGGACUGGAGACUCUUGCAGAAAGAUGUCUAUCAAAGAUCUUUAGCUAAGUACUAUGAUCAGUUAAAAAAGUGUUGUGUUCUACAAGAGCUUUUUUUCACAUUACAAGGUUCUAGAAAUCAGCAUUCAUUCUUGAAAUAAACUAACAUGUCUAUGCAACUUAUAAAUCAAUGUACAGCCUUUUCUAUUUUUCUACAUAAUAUAUACUUUCUUAAGCUAAAAAACAGUGUAUACCAAGUUUAAAAGCAUUGAAAUCGGAAUUUUUAUGAUAUAUUUUUAAC